AUGUACGUCACUGAUUCCGCGCUGGACGGGGAGGAGGAGGAGGAGGAGGCGACGUCGUCGGAUGACGACGCGCGGUCCACGGCGACGUCGACGACUACGGCGGCGGGCGGGCGCGCGGUGGUGCGCGUGCGCGGGCGCGAGGUGGAGCUGCACUCGGUGGAUGUGCGCGGCGCCGACUUCCUCGCGCUGCCGGCCGACGUGCGCCACGAGAUCCUCACGGAGCUCAAGGAGACGCGCAAGCAGAGCUCGUGGGGGCGCCUGCACGAGAUGCCCCGGAUGAAGCGCCUGCUGCAGCGGCGCUCGGUGCAGCAGUCGCUGGAGGCGGCGGAGAGGGAGAUGGGCGGUCGGUCCAUGAGCCUGGCCGAGCUGGAGGCGCUGAUGGCGGAGACCGGCGUGCUGGCGGCGGCGGCGGCGCUGCCGGGCCAGCGCAUCGCCGCUGACGCCCGCGCUCGCUUCGUCCUGCUCACCGGCCAGCCCGCGGGUAAAGCAAAUAUAACAUCUUCCAAAAUUGAAGAAAAUGCAUCAGAGACUAAAUUCUCAGAUUCUGUGGAGGAGGACACUUCAGUGGUUGAUGAAGCCACUGUACCCAAAGCUGAGAAUAUUGCUGAAGGAUUCUUUGAAGAAUAUUAUUCUGAUGAAGAAAUUCCAGAACUAUUACCUGAAUUUGAUUAUACAAAAAUGUCAAAGAUUGAUUCUGAUGACAUUGUUACCAAACAACUGAAGGCAGCUCAUAAUUUUAUAUUUGAAAACAGCGGACUGACUCAAGAGGAGAUAUUUACUGUUAUCAAAGAUCAUUCAUCUGCAAAUAAAUCCACUUCUUUAGAUGAACCAUCAACAAGCAAAGUCUGUUUCAGCAAUAUUGUAGAGUUAUCUAACUCUAAAGGUAAAAGUGAUUUGUCCUUAGAUAGUCAAUCUGUCACUCCCAGUACUUCUUCGUGUUCUGAAUUAAAUGUGCCUGUGACAAGUGCGGAUGUAGUUAGUGAUUAUUCUGCGAAAAAAUCUGACCAAACCAACAACCAAAAUGAAAAUAUUUUGAGUUCCAAUUAUUCUUCCAGAAAUGUUUCAAAAUGUCAAAAAUUGAAUUGUGAUGUAAAGGAAAAUGUAAUGGAAGUUGAUAUUAAACAAAGAGAUUAUAAUGAUGAUGAGAAGGAAGCCAAAGGAAGUAGAAUAGAAGAAGAUAAAAAGGUGCACCAGCAUUCCCCAGACUCGUCUGUAGAGUAUCUUGACAAACUAUCCAAUGAGAAAGGAAUAUCUGAUCAAGGAGAUGUAACUUCUGUUUCUGAUUCAGACCUUAUCAUUUCUCCCAAAGUAUAUCUGGAGGAAAAGUGUAAGGAAAUGAAGAAAGUAUCUUCAGAUCAAAUUUCCCAAGUUACUUGUAAUUCUUUUAUAAAUAUUUCUCUCCAAUCAUCAGAAAAUUACAAAAAUGGAAAAUAUACGGAAGAAAAGCAUAGUUGCAGCAGUGAUGAAGACUUCAUUGAAGUAAAGGAAUUAGAUCAGUCAGCCGCUAAAUUCAAAGAGUCUCAGAAAACACAACCAAAAGUAGCUCCUUUGGAAGUUGUGAUUAAGGCAAGUAUGAAAGACAUUGAAGAAGACAUAUUUGCUGAUGUCUUUGAAGAGUGUUCCAAACCACUUGCAAAUAUCCAGCCGAACAUUACUAAAACUGUGAUGACAGCAGAUAAUGUUCUUACAAAUGAAAUAAAUUCCUCUUUACUUUCUAAAACUCCUUCAAUAAAAACACCUCAGAAUUCUGUGCAACAAAAUGAACAUUUCAAAAAUAUAUUAAAAAAUGCUGAUGUUGAAGAAACUGCUGUACCACAUUCUCCUACCUCAGAUUCUGAGAAUGUAAUGGUAAUGACUGAUAGUGGCUCUGAAAUAGCAGAAGAAAUUUCCGAGUCACUAGAAGUUUCAGAAGAAAGUAAUUAUAACACAUCUAAAAGGGAACCUGUGAAACUUUCUACUGAACAACUGGAGGAACUUCAGGAUUCUCUACAACAAGAAGGUAACCGUUUACGAAGGGAACAAGCAAGAGAAGAACGUCUUGCAGCCUCUAUUACUGAACAAAUGACACAAGAAGCUCAGGAGCUGUUACAGCUAUUUGGAGUACCCUAUGUUCUGGCUCCAAUGGAGGCAGAAGCCCAAUGUGCCUUUUUGGACCGUUUGUCUCUUACAGAUGGAACAAUCACUGAUGACAGUGAUAUUUGGCUUUUUGGAGGUCAAAAAGUUUAUAAAAAUUUUUUUGAUCAGAAGAAACACGUUUUACAAUUUAGAGAUAUAGAUAUCCUACAGUCUUUCAAGCUCACAAGAUCUCAGUUGGUAUUAUUGGCUCUCCUGGUUGGAAGUGAUUACACCACUGGUGUACCUGGUGUAGGCCCUGUAACAGCUUUGGAAAUCCUAGCAGCAUUUCCUGCCAGGUCUAAGCAAGGCCCUCCUGAUGAAUUGGUCGAAGGCCUGCGAAGGUUUCGUGAAUGGUAUACUUCAGGCACAAUGGGACGACGGGACAAAGCAAAAUUGCGUAACAAACUUAAAGAUUUGGAAUUGACUACAGAAUUUCCUAGUGUGACUGUUGUGGAAGCAUAUUUAUCUCCCAAAGUUGAUGAAUCUCUGGAAAAAUUUAGUUGGGGAACUCCAGAUGUGGAGUCUAUUAAAGAAUUUGCAAGAGUAAAAUUUGGAUGGCCCACCUCAAAGACACAUGAAAUUUUGCAACCUAUAAUGAAGAAAAUGAAUAUUAAAAUUUCGCAGCUUACGAUUGAAAAUUAUUUUCAACCAAAACCAAGCUUGCCUCCAGGAGGUGGUAACUUAAGUAAACGUGUUCAAGAAGCAAUUGAAAAAAUGGAUGCAUCAGGAGGGAGCGAUUCCGAAGAUGAAUCUUCGCCCAUGAAAAAAAUAAAAAUAGCAUCUGGACCCAAACUAAGAGGAAAGUCAGAAACUAUGAGGAAAAUUCAUGCAACAUUAAAAAAGGUUCAAGGGCCAGCCUCUAGUUUCAGAGCGAAUAGAGGAAGGGGUCGCAGCAUUAAACAGAAAAAUAACAUGAGCGUUGUGGGCGAGGAUAUUCAGACAGAAGGCAGACCAGGAACUUCGGUGCCGAUUCCUGGCCCGAGCGGUUGCACGAGCAAUGCAACCACAAUAACAAACCCUGGGAAUAGAUGUUCUAAAAAACCUAUGAGUGGGCCUUUUGCGACACACGUAGAAAAAGAAUUUAUUUUGCAAAAGGAGAAAGACAAAUUGAAUUUGUUAAAGAAUAAAAUGAAAGCCAUUGAAGUAUUUCGAAAAUCAGCUCGUGGAUUGGAUAAAACGCAGAGAGAUCGUAAAAAGAAAAGAACAGUAUUGAAAGAAGCCCAUUUAUCAGAAAGCAGCGAAAGUGAUUAAAUGUUAUCAAUAAAUUAAAAUUGUGUAAAUUGUUCGGGGAACAAGCCGGCCGGGAACGAUGAAUGUAAUUACCAUACGAAUGUACGGUUCUUUGAAAAAUAUAUUGUAUAUUUAUUUGUAUGAAAUGUUUUAUUAUUGUUGGUACUUUCUAUUGAAAUUCAUUUCCUUUUCCCUUAUCUUCACAGUAGUAUCCAG